UCCCUUGUUUUAUCUUACAGGAAAACAAUUCCAGAAACAUCUACCCAUGGAGGAAUGGAACCACACCACCACUGGUUUCAUCUUGCUAGGACUGUUUGCCCCAACAAAAACUGGUUUGCUCCUCCUCCUCCUGGUGGUCCUCAUCUUCUUGGUUGCCUUCUUGGGUAACUCAACCAUGAUUCUCCUUAUCUAUGUGGAUCACCACCUCCACACUCCCAUGUACUUCCUACUCAGUCAGCUCUCCCUCAUGGACCUUGUGUACAUUUGCAGUACAGUUCCCAAGAUGGCCUUCAACUUCCUCUCUGGAGACAAUUCCAUUUCUAUAGUGGCUUGUGGCUUCCAAAGUUUCUGUUUUUUGGUCAUAGCAGGUGGUGAAGGGUUACUCCUGGCCUCCAUGGCCUAUGACCGUUAUGUGGCCAUUUGCCGUCCCCUCCAUUAUCCUGUCCUCAUGAACAAGAGAAUGUGUUUGCUGAUGAUCACUGGAUCUUGGGUCUCUUCAUCCAUCAAUUCCAUUUUUCAUACAGUGUAUGCACUCUCUAUGCCCUACUGCAAGUCCAGAAUCAUUAACCAUUUCUUCUGUGAUAUCCCCGCCAUGGUGCCUCUAGCCUGUAUGAAUAUCUGGGCCUAUGAGUACACAGUGUUCUUCAGCACCAACCUAUUCCUUUUGGUCCCUUUCCUUGGCAUCAUGACUUCCUAUGGCCGGGUCCUCUACACUGUCCACCACAUGCGCUCAUCGCAAGGGAAGAAGAAAGCCUUCACCACCUGCUCCACGCACCUGACUGUGGUCACCUUCUACUAUGCUCCAUUUGUGUACACAUAUCUGAGGCCCCCAUCUUUGCGUUCCCCAGAAGAGGACAAGAACUUGGCUGUCUUCUACACCAUUCUCACCCCUAUGCUUAAUCCCAUCAUCUAUAGCUUGAGGAAUAAAGAAGUAUUGGGGGCCCUGCAGAGGGUCUCUGGGAGAAUCUUAUCAAAGAAAGAGUAGCUGUUGAUACAAAGUCACAGGAACAGAACCAAAAGAAAUCUUAGAGACCAUGUAGCCACAUCAUCUUAUUGGCCAACUUUUGAGGAUAUUGAGGCCUUGUCAUUCCACCAGACCAAGACUUCUGCUUCGAGGCAACUCUUUUUCCUAGAGUCAAACUAGUAUUUAUUAGCAUCUAUUGUAUAUUUGACACAAUG